AUGUUUAAGAAAACUUCUCGGUCUAAGAACCUCAGACGAAAAGUCGAAACUUCAGAUAACGAUGAACCUAUAAAGGUGGAACAAGCUGAGGAAGAAGCCAUCAUCCAAAAAACAAUCAUAAGUUCAAAAAAGAAGAAGAGCGCUGCCACCAAGAAAACAACAAUAAGCACUCUGAGUUUCGCUGACGAAGAAGGAGGUGACGCCGAAGCUUUCCAGUUGAAAAAGAACCUAAAACCUUCACGAAAGUUUGCACCACAAAUGCAAGUCGAUACCAUUAUGGGAGACUUAGAUGAGGAGAAGCCGUCUUCUUAUUAUGAUAACGAGACUUUAGAAAAGCUUCGUGCAAGCACACCCAGUUUACCUGCUUCAGUCAGAUCCACUAUUCCCAAGCAUAAUGACAUGGACGAUAAUGACAGCUUACUACGAGAAAAGUUUUCAGCGACUAUGAAUGCCGCUCUUCCUGGUAUGGGAGCCAUACCAGAUUCCGGCGCAAUUUUAGCAGCGAAAAAAAAGAGACAGCAGCUAAGAAAAGGCAUUAGUAUUACAGAAACCGGUGAUGAUUUUAUCGCACUCGACGACAGCGAAAAUGGUGGAUCAAGGCUCAUAAGAGAAGAGGAUGAAGUUGGUGAUGAUGAUGAAGCGGAUUUUGAGAAAUACGUAGGAGAUAAGUUAGACCUGAAUAAGCUGUCGGCCAAAAGUCAAGAAAAAGAAAGGUUGGACGGGGCGAGGCAAAUGAUAGACGAAGCAGAAGCGGAAGGUGGUGAUAGUCGAUCUGAGGAUAUGGACAGAUGGGAAGCUGACAUGAUCAAGUUUGGUGGAGUACGACCAAAGCAAGAGGUGUACGAUCCUUAUCAGCCACCUUCUAAUUACAAACCAGCAGUGAUACCUCAGCCCUGUCAGUUGUCAAAUUUGACCGAUAUCAUGCGUACCUUAGACAUGAACCAAAAUGAUAUAGAAAUAGCUAUUCAGCAAUGUGAAGGGAACAUGACAGAAACAAAAAAAUCCAUUAACAAUGCGGAAGUAGUAGAAUCUGAUUUGGUCAAGGAUAUUGAAAGAAACAGCAAGAGAUACAAUUAUUUUCAAGAGCUGGCUCAGUAUGUCAAUGAUCUGGGAGAAUUUUUGGAUGCCAAGUACCCUGAGCUAGAGAAACUGGAAGCUGAAAUGCAUGAUAUCAUUUUUACUAAAACCGAGACGGCAAUAUCCCGCAGAUAUCAACUCAAUUUGGAUGAUUUAUGUACAUUUACUAAUAUACAGCUCGAUGAGGAAAUGACAGGAGAGCCGGAAGUAGAUGAGUUCGGUAGAGUGAGAGAAUUACGAAAUUCGGAAACGGCCCGUGCCAGACGACGAGCUGAAAAACACCAACGUUUGGAGCGUCACACAGAUUUUGUAUCAAUAAAAAGUGAAGAAGAAGUCAUAAGAGAGGAAAGCUAUUGGACUGACGAUGAAAUGAGCGAAGACUAUUAUAAGAAUAAAACAUCUAAGAUAGAGCAUUUAGAAUCGGAAAAAAUUGUGGAGCUGAUGGCAGAUGUUGGCAGUGAUUUCAGAUCGAUAGAUGCUGUAAAAGAUAAAUUUGAAGCCUGGAAAUUGGAAUACUAUGAUGAUUAUCAAAAAGCCUACGGUAGCUUAUGCUUGCCAGGUGCCUUCGAAUUCUAUAUGCGGUUGGAAUUGGUCACUUGGGACCCAUUUUCAGACCCCAGAGAUUUCGAUAGUAUGCAUUGGCAUACCAUUUUAUCGGAAUACGGCAUUUCUAACGGUCAUGAGUCUGACGUUGAAAUGAUAAACAAAACAGUCGAAAAAACGAUGAUAAGAAAAAUGAAAAGUAUGUUAAAUACUCUAGAUGUGUUUUCAUCGAAACAGAUGAGAUAUGCUGCACAGAUGUUGGAACAAAUUUCCUACUAUGUCGAUAUGAACGAAAAACCCUACAAGGAUCUAGCAUUCGAAAUCCUUCAAUUACUUGAAGAUCAAAUGACAACACUGAUAGACACAAUAGCCACAUCGUCUAUAAAGUCUGAUCUGGAUGAUAAUAGUGGAAAAGCAAAAUGUAGAUUUUUCUACGCACAUUGUAAAUACCUCAAAACACUGGCUUUAUGGAAACGACUGCUGCCAAAAGAACAGUUAUUGAAGUUGGGGCAACUUUUGUAUGAUAAAAUCCUUUCGCUAAUUCUUCAACCUGAUAUUGAUCCGACAGAUAAUCAUUUACGGAACGAAGCGACUCUACUCUUGUCGCAUUUAGCCAAAUAG